GCCAUGGCACUGGAGACCGUUCCCAAGGAUUUGCGACAUCUGCGAGCUUGUCUCCUCUGUUCCUUGGUGAAGACAAUAGACCAGUUUGAGUAUGACGGCUGCGAUAAUUGCGAUUCGUACCUACAGAUGAAAGGGAACCGAGAGAUGGUGUAUGACUGCACAAGCUCUUCUUUUGACGGGAUCAUUGCAAUGAUGAGCCCAGAGGAUAGCUGGGUCUCUAAAUGGCAGCGAGUCAGUACCUUCAAGCCUGGAGUUUAUGCAGUGUCUGUCACUGGCCGCCUGCCUCAAGGAAUCGUUCGGGAGCUGAAGAGCCGAGGUGUGGCUUACAAAUCCAGAGACACAGCGGUAAAGACCUAG